GAGAGUAUAAGUAACAUCCCAGAGACACCUCUCCUCAAGAAACUUUUCUACCCACAUCACGAUAUAUCGCCCUACACCUAUAAAUCCUACCAUGACCAAUCAACCAAAAAGCCGCGACGGCUAUCAGUGGACCAAGGCCACGGGCCUAGUCCAAGGAGUUCCAACUCUCGGUCUGAUCCAACCACCCACCCACUUCACAAGGGGGAAGAACUACGACGUAAUUGUGAUCGGAGGCGGAUACGCCGGCAUAAUCACGUGUCGGGAUCUCACCCUUGCCGGCAACAAUGUGCUGCUCGUCGAAGCGCGAGACCGUAUUGGUGGGCGGUCAUGGUCCUCUAAUAUUGACGGAUACCCCUAUGAGAUGGGUGGAACAUGGGUGCAUUGGCAUCAACCUUUUGUGUGGCGUGAAUUGAGACGGUACGGGAUGGUCGAUCAAUUGGAGAUUUCGCCAAGGAAGAAUGUUGAGGGCGGGGCGAGAGUUACUGUUAAUUUGGAUGGAGAGAUUAAGCAUCUGACGCAUGACGAUGAGGAUGCAAUUGUCGAGUCCGCAUUCAAGAAAUUCAUCAAUGUGGACGGCCAAUUCGGCCGCACUGUGGUUCCCUUCCCGCACGAUAUCGAAUUACACAGGGCGGGCGUAGAGGAGUACGACCACAUGUCUAUGGCCGACCGCAUGGUACAGGUUGCACCUCACUUGACACCAUUGGAAAAGAACAUGUUCGAGGGAUUCCUAUCCAUCACGCACGGAGGAAAAUGGGAAGAAGCAUCUUUCUUCGAGCUGCUGCGGUGGUGGGCAUUGAUGGAUUACAAUCUCCCCAACUUCAUGGAACUUGGACUCAUGUACAAGAUCCGUGAUGGUCAGUCUGCGCUGGCGAGACGGAUUUUCGAUGAAGCUGUCGGCACGGGUAGAUUGGACUAUACAUUCUCCACGCCGGUCAAGGACGUAAUUGAUCAUGGACACGGAGUUGAAGUUACCGCUCGAAGUGGAGGGGAGGUUUUCAAGGCGAGACGUUUGGUCUGCACUGUGCCGUUGAAUGUCUUGCAUACCUUGGCCUUUUCACCGAAGCUGCCGACUCUCAAGACGGAAGCUUCUCUAGCUGGUCAUGUCAACAAAGUCGUCAAAUGUCAUGCCGAAGUUGCGAAUCCCGACAUGCGCUCGCUCGGCGCGACGAAUUACCCCCACGGCAGGCUCACCUACACUUUCGGUGAUGGAACUACGCCCGCGGGAAAUACUCACCUCGUUGCCUUUGGCAGCUCCCUUCCUGGAGUUCACUUGGAUCCCGAGCAGGAUAUUGAAGUCACCAAGGAGGCCUUUGAGGCCUUCCACCCGGGCAUGAAUGUGCAGAGGUUGGUGUUCCACAACUGGCACAAGGACGAAUUUGCCCAGGGUGCGUGGGAGUGGUUGCGGCCAGGUAUGACAACGAAGUACCUAAAGGCGCUGCGAGAGCGACAUGGAAAUGUGUUCUUUGCCAGCUCGGAUUCUUCCUUUGGAUGGAGAGGGUUCAUCGAUGGAGCGAUGGAUGACGGCGGGAGAAUCGCGAAGCUCGUUCAUGAUGAGUUGAGGGACGUGCAUCCCAUUGCUUCUAAGCUUUGA